AUGGCUAAGGCUGUAGUUAGCGAUUCUGAAGUUGAUUUAAAAACAUUUACUGAUUGUAUGUAUUUUAUAAAUGGUCAUUGUAAAUUAAAUGAUAAAUGUCGUUAUCGUCAUUGUCAAGUAGCUGCUGCACAAACAAAUAAUUGUUUUAAAUGGCCAAAAGUAUGUCGUAAUACUAAAUGUCCUUAUCGACAUCCUUCAAUAUCUAAAGUAAUUGAAAAGAAAAAAAAAUCAAUAUCCGAAUUUCCAGUUAUUAAUUCAAUGUCAUUACAAACACCACAAAUAAUAUCACGAAGAGAAGGUUUAAUAAGUUUUUUUUGGGAUAUUGAAAAUGUUCCUAUACCAAAAGCACAAAAACCUUUUGAUAUUGUUCAACGUAUUCGACAAAAAUUAGUUGUUGAAGCUGGUUUAAGAGAAUAUAGUUUUUCAUGUUAUUGUAAUACAACAACAAUAUCUCAAGAAAAUCAACUUAGUUUAUUUCAUGCUAAUGUUCGUAUUGUUCAUAUACCAGAUCGUAAAAUUGGUGCAGUUGAUCGUCAAAUAAUGCUUGAUUUAGAUCGUUUUGAACGUGCUCAUCAUUCUCCGGCAACAAUUGUUCUUAUUUCUGGUGAUAUUGAUUUUGUUGGAAAAUUAAGUGAUCUUCGUCAUCAAGCUGGAUUUUAUGUUAUUGUUAUUCAUAAUAAACCAGCAAAAGAAGAAUUAAAAGCAACAGUUAAUGAUCAUUUUCCAUGGGAAUUAUUUACACAACAACAACAACGACAACCAAUCAAUGCAGUUAAUAAUUCGGAAAUAUUAACAAAUGAAAUAAGACCACGAGCACCACAAUUAUAUCGAAUGAAUAAUCAAAAUAAUAAUGGUCAACUAUGUCAAAUAGAUUCAUCACCAAAUCGUUCAACUGUACCUUCUAAAUCAUUUCGAUCAACUAUAACAAAAAAACAAACACAUCAAUGUCCAAAAUGUACAAGUGAAUUUGAAUCUAUACAAGCUUUACGACAACAUCAAGAAGUUAAAGAUCAUUUAUUUGAUUGUUCAAUAUGUGAUGAAAGUUUUCGAACAUUUGAAGGAUUAGUUCAACAUCAAAAAGCUAAAGAUCAUCAUAAAGCUGAUUAUAAAUGUGGGCAAUGUAAUCGUCGUUUUGCUAAAAUUGAAAGUUUAAGUCAACAUCAACAAGCUACUAAUCAUAAUGGAUUGUUCGGUCCAGCAUCCAUGAAUAUUGAUGGUUUUGUACGUGAACUAACAUUUCCAUCAACAUUACCUAAUAAUAAUAAUCAAUUUACGAAUAAUAGUGUUCAAGAUGCAGCAAUGAUUAUUAUUCAAAAAGGUAUUGAUGCUCUUGUUCAAUAUUAUCCAAAAAGAUUUCCAUCAAAUAAAUAA